CACUGAACUUAGCUUAGCUUCCUUCAGCAGGUACAUCUACUGUCAGAUCGGAAGAACAUCUUAAACAAGCUGUACGGAAAUAUUGGAAACAGAGGCUCUGACUGGAGUUAAGUAUUGAGCAUCCCUUGCCUUGCUGGACGCCGGUGUUUUUCUUGGAGAUUACCGUGGAGUCCAGACCGGAGACCAGAGAGACUGAAGAGGAAGCAUGUCCACUGACACGGAGCCCACGGUCACCGUCAAGCUGCUGCAGCUGGUGCUGCUCUCCUCCUACUGGGGGAUGCAGAUAUGGGUCACCUUCAUUUCAAGCUUUGUGAUGGACAACCACCUGAAUAGACACACUUAUGGGUUUAUCCAGAGUCGUCUUGUACCGUUCUACCUCCACUUGGGUUCAGCUUGUGCCUUCUUUAACCUCACUAUCUACGCUGUGUAUCAUCCCAGCGACCUGCUGGACGAAAGAGAAGCAUUUCAGAUCUUCAUUUUAUUUGUGUCGGUGACAGUUUCAGCUGUCAACGCUCAGUGGUUUGGACAAAUGACAUCAGAGAUCAUGGCAGAUAUGCACCUGAUCGAGCAGGCGUGCGGAUUGGGACAGGACAUCGGCUUGUCAUCGAACCGCGAAGCUUACGCCAAGCUGUGUGAGACAGAUGUGAAAUACAGACACCUGAGCAGUCGUCUGUGGCUGUACAGACUGCUGUCCUCCCUCUGUAACCUCUGCUGCAUCGGCUGCAACUUCUACAGUCUCUGUUACAUGGCUGAGAACCUCAGCAAACUUUAAACUGACAGAGAGCAGCUGGACUGUUACAUCUCUGAAUAAUAGUCACUCCCAUUUCACCCCUAUACACUUAACUCCUUCUAUUUUUUGUAUUGAAGCAAUAAGUGAUAUAUUUAAUACUUAUAUCUUUCUCUCUCUGCCUUUAAGUUAUGAGAUAAAAAGUAAGGUAAGCUUCAUGUGCCUUGGGGAUUCAUAUAAUGGUGCAGCUGCCAAUAAAAUCAGGGUCACUAAAGCUGCAUGUCUCUGCUAAAGGUUGUAGGAAGACAAAUCAGUUGCAAUGAGUAAUGCCUCACCUUUCACCUAGUUUGGCUGCGGCGGCUGACUGCCGUGAUAUUUCCCUUCACCAAUAUAAAUGUGGUACCUUGCAGGAACCUGGAACAUGAGGGACGUUUAAAAAGACCUUGUAAUGCAGUACCAGACACCUUUUGAGAAAAUAAAUAGCCAAAUAUGUUGCAUCGUUUUAUCUUAUUUAGCAAAAGAGAGGCACAUUUAUGUCAUGCGGCUCGGUCCUGCUCCUCCUGUUUGGAUGCGGUUUAAAAACGUAACGGUGUAGUGGCGCAGGUUUGUCUGGCUCACCUGAAGAGCCGCCAUAAAGUGAAAUGUUAACUCUCUUUAGCUCUCCUAGCUGCUUGCUGCUAGAAAGAGAAGGGUUCAAACCUUUUUAUUAUGUGCUAUUACUGCUUUAGACCAAUACAAACACACUUGCACCAAAGGUUAUUUAUUUGUUUAUUGGAAUUUGGAUUUGUUGGUGUUUAUCAAAUGUUUCAGUGUAUUGCUUUGUAAAUUAUGCAUUGGUUUAAAUGCCAAACUUUUUUGUUGGGUUGCCGCACAGGUUAGUCUAGUUUUGUUGAGACUUGCUGAGAUGAUGUGGGUCUAUUUUCAACCUGUAGUGAUAAUAAUAAUAAUAAUAGUAUGGAGAUCCCAGAAAAACCUAGUGGGAAUUAUUUUCUGAACUUCUUUUGCUUUCCUCUACAAUACCAUUUUGUGUUACUUUGUAUGUGUAGUUUAGGAAGAGGUCCUUCCAGGGCUCUUUAGAAAGGACCUGAAUUAAAUCUCUGCACUCAGCCCUUCUAACUAAUAAACCCAGCCUCCACUGAUCAUAUCUUUAUAAUAUACUGGUGAAGGAAUUUAAAGAUUUACAAAGCCGUAUUUAUCUUUAAUUCCUCAAGUGUGUUUAGCUUUGUUAUCGAACCACUCCACAUAACGUAAGUAUGAAUAUGUUCGAACAGCUGUGGGGAAAAUGAUGCAGCCAUGAUAAGAAUUGAAGCAAAAUCCUUUCUUUUUUUUUAGUAGUACUGGCACAUGAGUGUUCUGUGCUGUACACUUCUCAGGUGUCACCACUUUUUUUUUGUCAAAGCUUGAAUAUCUUUCUAUCAUGUUUGUUUUGUGCACAGAUCUGUGGUCUAAUGAUGUAAACAAAGCUCUCCAUGUAUGAUGAACUCUCCUUGUUGUACCUGCUUAGGUUCUUCUAUCGAUUUGUCCUGUUUCUCUAGUGUUUUAUGCGUAAACAAUGCAAUAUUUACUGAUUUUAAACUGUACACAUCCUUUUUUAUUGUUUCCCGUUAAUUCACCCAGUUUCAAUUAAUAUAACAUUUGAAUGCAAAUCAAUUGACAGUUUUGUGCGAAACACAAAAGCUAUAUAUUUUUAAACUUUCGAAGAUAUUUUUCUUUUAAUCUUUGGACACUUAUGCCAGUUUCUUCAUGUAUUUGUGGUAAUGGGUUAUGUUGUGUAAUGCUGAAUGUAAGUCGAGUAAAGCAGUACGGCGCAGUGGAAACACGGUAUAAGUAA